UGAACUGCUAUUGGCUGAGACUUCAUUUCUACCUUCCCAUGACGGUGAUGCGGGGAAUUUAAACAUGGCUGAAGCGGGAUGUGACAGUGAUGUUGAGAUUAUUGCACUGAAUCGAACAAACCCACCUUCCAAACGAAGGCGUAUCCUCGAACCUUCAGCCAUCACGCCUGCGCCCCUUUACUCCAAUAAGGUCACCAGGAGCCGUCAAAAGAAACCAACCCUUUUCACACAAAAAAAGUGCACAGAUGUCAGUGAAGAAGUCAGGCAGUGGCCUUCAUCUCUGUCCAGGAGUAAAAACAAGCCAUUCAGCAUAAACCUGAGUGACUCUGAUGAGGAACCAAGACCAGAUAAACCUCAAUCUCUUAACCAGAAACUGGAUGCACCGAGCUCGCUCCUGUGUGGCAAGGAUGACAUUAUAAUCAGUUCCUCUGAGGAUAAACAGAAAAGACACCCAGCCAAGCCUAAGCGCAGAAAACGCGCCCAAGAAAUCUCACUGAAAUUUCGCUGGCAACAGGAAAUGCACAAAAUUUCAGUGCUUUCAACAGAUCCUCUGAGCAAGGCUGUAGCUCAGUUAUCUGUCAAACUUAAAGUCCCACCCUCUAAAAUACUGCUAUUGAGGAAUGAUGAUAAGCUUCCAGUGCACGCCACAAUCACACAGUUAGAUCUUUGCACUGCAGACAUCAUAGACUGUCUUUUGAUUACUGACAACAAAGAAGAUGAAAGCAGCUGUGAUGUCAUCACCGUGCGACUGCAGGGCAAAGAAAAGGGAUCUGCAAAGGAAUAUUCCUUACAUAAGAAUGCUCCUCUGGAUUCCGUCCUGUCUCAGUACACUAAAGGUCUGUCUGCUGUUUCUAAGCACAGGGUCACAUUUCUCUUCGAUGGGUUAAAGGUGAAACUCAAUCAGACACCUUCACAGCUGGAUAUGGAGGAUGGUGAUGUAAUUGAUGUCUGGGCCUAAUUUUUACAACAUUUUUACAACUAAUUUUUGUUGUUUCAUAUCAGUUGCCUCAUUUGCCUUUAUAUACUUCUU